CAGCAGCACUAGGGAGUGACUGAGCUUAAGUGAAAGUGAAAGAAACUGUUACUUCAAAUGAAAAUAACAGACGGUAAAAUCCUAGGAUCCAGCAGGAGCCGGACCCCUGAACGCUGGCCUGUCCUCACCGGAGCUAGAAGAGGACGCCGCUGCUUCCCCCCAAAACUUAGAACAAGAACCUGAAGAAUGAGCAGAGACUUAGAGACGAACCCAAGUCACAGCAGAUCAGAAGAGAGGACGAAGAGUAACAAGGUGCCGUCAUGGUUCAGGAAUCUCUUUAGAAGAAAUAAAGCAAAAAAAGAUGAUGGACAGUCUCCACAGCCGGGUAAGAAGCCGAAAUCACCGCGACAGUACAAUACUGAGCCCUCACCACCUGGACCAGUGUACGGAGACGAGUUCGGUGACGACACAAGUUUGUCAUUUAAAGGAAAAAUGGAGAAGUUGCAAAAAACAAUGAAAACGCCACAUGGCAGUAAGAAAGUCAGAAUUUUUUCGAGAUCAGCAGAUUGUGAAUAUGAAUGGCUGAAAACAAGGCUGGAAUCUGAACAAUUCAAAAAGAUUGUGAAGAGCGUCCGGCCUUGUUGUAUCACCAACGACGGAUCCGAGCAGUUCCGCGCAGACGUGGCUCGAUGCAAUUUCGGGAUUCUGUAUCACAGCAAGAACAGAGGGCGAAUCAAUAUCACUGACGUCACCGACUCUCUGUACGACGAGGAGCUACGAUAUCUGUCUGAUAAGCUAGGAGCAGAGAACGUGAUUGUGGUGAUCGAUGAUCUGGAGGACAGCAGUGAAAAGCGUAGGAGCAAAAUCCUGAACUCUCAGCCCAGCCUAAAAACAAUGGCCAAGGACGUCUUCUUAUUCUCCCCUGAUGAAAAGAAGUAACGGAGAGUCACAAGAAAACAGGGUCAGAAGCUGAGACCCGUCCCCUCUCUGUCACUUGUGUAAUCACAAACCUUCUAGAAAUCUAUACUGAAGUAAAUAGUCACAUUAGAUUAUUAUAAUGUUUAUAUGUGGAGUGUUUGGGGGUACUAUAUCUUCUUAUGGAGAGGGCCUCAUCGGAGUGAGGAGUCUUAAAGGCCAGGCAAUGCUCCUCUGGAAUUCUGGGAAGAAGGGAUGCAAAUGAGAUCUUAACAAGCUCCGCCUCUAAAGCCACCAGAUGUAAAGCGGCUAUCCUAGACCUCAAUGUUCGACCUUUUAACUAGGCCUUCAGAAAUAACUUAAAUGAGUAUUAUCAUGAUUUGGUUUUCUUCGUGAAAGUUGGGAUGUACUAGUGCUGGUUUGUUAUGGCCCAAAAUAGCAUGGACAAUUAUGUCUAGAAUUAAAAAACUGUAAAAAA